UUGAUUUCCGGGAAAAUCUCGAUAAAAAGUUUUAAUCUUUCCGAGAAAAUUUUUGGGAGCACAAGUUCCUUGCGUCUCUGCUAAUUUUCCUCCCGAAAUUUUGCUCCAAAACAAGGAGCAGAAGCAUUCUGUUCACGCUACAAACAUAUCUUCCCAUCUUUUCAGCGCGAUUCUGGUUUCUGGGGUUCCGCAAAUCCUCCGCUCUGUCCGAUCAGAGUUGGUUUGGUUUGUGAUUUUGUUAGUUCGUAUUUAGGGUUUCACUCUGGAUUUAUCUUCGAUUUCGUGGAAUAGCUGGAGGUUGAAUUAGGCGUGUAAGCGGGGAUGAGUGGUCACAUGGUGGUAUACGUCGACGGACUGGUUCGUCCGGUGCCGUUGCCCCCGGUUCAUGCGGAGGUUGAAAAUGAGGGAUCCGUUGCGACGGAGCCGUCGGGUUCGGCGUCGGUGGCGGAGGAUAAGGGGAUUGAUAUUUCCGAUGGAGAUUCGGAGGAGGAGCCGCUCAUUGGGUCGGCGGAGUGCCGUAUUUGCCAGGAAGAGUGCCCCAUUAAGAAUCUCGAGAGCCCCUGUGCUUGCAGUGGCAGCCUAAAGUAUGCUCACAGAAAUUGUGUUCAGCAUUGGUGCAAUGAGAAGGGCAACACUAUAUGCGAGAUCUGUCAUCAGCCUUACCAACCUGGGUACACCGCUCCACCUCCUCCACCCCUUCCUGAGGAAACUACCAUCGACAUUGGUGGAGGAUGGACAAUCUCAGGUUUGGAUUUGCACGAUCCUCGUCUCUUAGCCAUCGCAGAAGCCGAGCGUCAGUUUUUGGAAUCCGAGUACGAUGAUUAUACGGCUUCAAGUGCCAGCGGUGCUGCAUUCUGCCGUUCAGCAGCUCUAAUAUUGAUGGCCCUUCUUCUCUUGCGACAUGCCCUGAGCAUAACAGAUGACGCAGAUGGAGAUGAUGAUGAUCCAUCGUCAAUACUCUCUCUUUUCUUGCUCCGAGCAGCUGGAUUCCUUCUUCCCUGCUAUAUCAUGGCUUGGGCCAUCAGUAUUCUCCAGCGUCGAAGACAAAGACAGGAAGCAGCGGCCUUGGCUACACAGAUUGCAUUGGUGAUGCAGUCGGGGGGGCAACCAAGAGCCAUGCAUUUCACAAUAGCGACUGGACCACCACCUCCUCCUUCAAUGGCUGCUACUGCCAACACCACUUCACACCACCACCACCACCACCACCACCAUGAAGAGUCGCUCGUUUGACUCCAUAAUAUUAGCACACGGCCCCCUUCUGAAAUCCCCUGCCUUUACUUGGCAAGGUACGAUCUGAAUUUACUCUGUAAAGAAGAGCGCUUCUCCCAUGUUUGUAGAUCCCAGAGCUCAGCUCAUGUAUUUGAUAAUCUGAAAGAAAUUGAGACAGCUGAGAUCUUGGAAUCUCAUUCGUUCA